AUGGCAGAUAUCGCAGCGGCGGUGGAGGAGUUCUCAAAGUUGGACGAAUUUUCCAAACCAGACGCCGAGCUUCUAAGCAAAAUACUGCUCAGCCCGGAUGUGAAACUGUCGCUGCAGCUUCGCGCGCUCUAUUUCUGCCGUGAUCUCAAAUCCUCGGAAUGCGCCACCUUGCUCAAGAAGGCCUUAGACGUGCACUAUGACGCCUUCCUGAGACAUGAGAUCGCCUACGUUAUUGGGCAAGCCGGCUGCGAGGAGGCGUCGGACGUACUGGUUAAACUGCUGGAAGAUGAAAACGAGGACCCAAUGGCUGCGGAGGCGAUAGCUGCCAUCGGUGGGAAGCGGUUCAUCGAUGUGAUUAAGAAGUACGAAGAUGACCCCUGCGUCGUCGUGCAUGACACAUGCCGACUGGCGUUGCAUUCGCUCCUGAACGGAUCCAGUGAGGAGGACGAUGGCAAGGAGGCAAUACCCAUAUGCAGCUGCGUGUCGGCACCCAUAUCGACGUCGGCAUACCGAGCUGUCGAUCCCGUGCCAUGCACCUCAACUGAGAUGAAUGAGAGGACCAUGAAGGAACUGGAGGUCGUGCUGCUUGAUGAAGCUCUGCCGCUGUACCAGAGAUACGAGGCGCUAUUUAACAUUCGCAACAUCGGGGGCGACGCUGCCGCCGCCGUUAUAGGAGGGGCGCUGGUGGGAGACAAAAUAUCGGAGGUGUUCCGGCACGAAUGUGCGUUCGUGCUCGGUCAGAUGCAGUCGAUGGCUGCAUCUGACGCGCUGUUAGAGUGUUUGAAGAACGCAGACGAGGAGCCCAUCGCACGCCACGAGGCGGCACUUGCACUCGGAUCUUGCGCCUCAGUAUGCAGCGGCGGACGCAACCGCCAGCUCAUACUGGACGCCCUCAACGAGUACACCGCGGACCCGGUGAAGGUGGUCGCAGACAGCUGCGUUGUGGCGCUGGAUGUUGUCCACGAAGCAGAUAGACUGGCAGCUGCCGCCUAA